GUAGAAAUAGCAAAGCCCAACGGAGCCUCAAACGUGCUUCAGAUUCAACGUGGAGAUUUUGUGAAGUAUAAAUAAAAGUCAAAGCAAUCCAAUAGGUCCUAAUUUAUUUUUAAUUUUUUUAAAAAAAGAAAAUUAGUUUCAGGUGAGCAGAUUAUCUUUCUGAGGUUCAAUUAUCUUGCGUUGAAGGAUCGACAAUUGAGACCGCCUCGAAGAUAUGUUCAAAUUCUGGGGUUCUCAGGAGCAGCAAGCUCAGCCACAUCCACAGGAAAUGCCCAGAGAUUCAUGGUAUCCACCAGCUGUUGUCAGCUCGAGUUCUUCACAUCCCACAACAUCUAUUGGUGGCACUUCCAGCAGCUUCAGCAUCCCAAGACCUGCUGAUCAAGCAAAUUCUUUAUCAAAUGUUUCACCUGCAGAGGCUGCUGGCAUCAUUGCUACGCUGAAAGAUAAAAGUGUUGAUGAGCUUCGGAAGCUGUUGUCUGACAAGGGUGCUUAUCAGAGCCUCUUGCUUUCUCUUGAACCCGUCAAAACUCAAGACAGGGUUCGUGAUGAACUGCGGAGCGAAUCGCUGCAGCUUGCUAGAGAUAAUCUAGAAAAAGAACCACGCAUGGUGGAAUUAAGGAAUCAGUGCAGAAUUAUCCGAACAACUGAGCUGGCUGCUGCUCAAGAAAAGCUGCAUGAAUUAGAGAGAAAAAAAGAAGAGACUGAGAAGAAUUAUUCUCCUGCAUCCCUUCUCCAUAAACUUCAAGAGGCAAUGCAUAAAAGUGACGAGGAAGCUGAGGCCCUUCACAGGCAACUUCUGGAUGGGGAGAUUGAACUUACGGCUUUUGUACAUAAAUAUAAAAAGUUACGCCAGACCUACCAUAAACGCGCACUUACCCACCUCGCCAUGAAGACAUCUGUGACCAGCUGAGCCGUGAUAAGAUGUUUCUUGCUUAAAGAAAAAAGGUUCCUCACUCCCUCUGAACUUUCUGUUGCAAAUUGCAAAUAUAACUUUCUGAGUUUUUCUUUUCAGUUUCCAUGCAUGCUUAUGGACAAUUAAUCAAGUAUAGUGUACAAUUUGAAUAGAGUAAUGCUUUCGUUUGAAUUACUUAAUACUCUGAAUUCUUUGCCAUCA